GUGCCGGAAGUUACGCCACGCGAGUGGGGCGGGGUGGGCGCGUGACACGGAGCGGGGAUUCCGAACGGCGGAGCGGGAGGGAUCGGUCGGCAGCCAUGCCCAGGAUCACGCUGAGGGGCGUGACGGUGGAUUUCCCUUUCCAGCCCUACGAGUGCCAGGAGACGUACAUGGCCAAAGUGCUCGAGUGUCUGCAGACGAAAGUAAACGGCAUUCUAGAGAGCCCUACAGGAACAGGAAAAACCCUAUGCCUGCUCUGUUCCACUCUGGCCUGGAGGGAACAUUUCAAAGAUACCAUCUCAGCCCGCAAAAUUGCACAGCGUAUGAAUGGAGUCGAACUCUUCCCUGACAGACCCAUGUCUUCCUGGGGCAAUGCUGCCACAGAUGGUGACAUCCCAACGUAUUACACAGACAUUCCUAAAAUAAUUUAUGCAUCCAGAACUCACUCUCAGCUUACGCAGGUCAUUAACGAAUUAAAGAACACAGUCUACAGGCCAAAGAUAUGUGUUUUGGGUUCCAGAGAGCAGCUUUGCAUCAAUCCUGAAGUGAAACGACAGGAGAGUAACCACAUGCAGAUCUAUAUGUGCCGAAAGAAAGUGAUGGCUCGUGCUUGUCACUUCUAUAACAAUGUGGAAGAGAAGUCUACAGAGAAAGGACUGAUGGAUUCAAUCAUGGAUAUUGAAGAUUUGGUUAAAAAUGGAAGCAAGCACAGAGCUUGUCCUUAUUAUCUGUCUCGAAGCCUGAAGCAGCAGGCAGAUAUUAUUUUUAUGCCUUACAACUAUUUAUUGGAUGCAAAGAGCCGACGAGCUCACAACAUAGAGCUGAAGGGGACUGUGAUAAUACUUGAUGAAGCUCACAAUGUGGAAAGACUGUGUGAAGAGUCGUCUUCUUUUGACCUGACAGCCUACGAUUUGGCUUCAGCAAUUGAUGUUAUAAAUGUAGUACUGGAAGAACAAGCCAAAGUGGUUCAACAGAAUGAAGUAAAUGCUGAAUUCAAUAUGGAGAACAUCAGUUCAGGGCUGAACAUGGAACUUGAAGAUAUAGCAAAGAUAAAGAAAAUUCUUCUUCAGCUAGAAAGUGCAAUUGAUGCAGUGGAGCUGCCACCAAAUGACAGUGGAGUCACCAAAGAUGGAAGCUACAUCUUUGAACUGUUUGCAAAGGCCCAAAUAACGUUUCAAACCAAAGCCUCACUCCUGGAGUCACUAGAGCAGAUUUUACAGUUUCUUUCAGGCCGCACUGGGAUAUUUAUCAAUACCUCAGGAUUGCAUAAACUCUCAGAUAUUAUCCAGACUGUAUUCAACAUUGAUCCUCCAGAAGACACAACAGGUUUUGUGCCACCUCAGUCGAUAUCCAGAUAUUAUAAGGUACACAUUCAUCUGGAUAACAGUAAUCAGAAGAAGAAGAAGGAAAGGACAGAUCUCUGGGAUUCAUCAGCUGCGAAAAAACAAGGAAAGACCUUAAGCUAUUGGUGUUUCAGCCCUGGAUAUAGCAUGCACGAGCUUGUUCGACAGGGAGUCAGGACAAUUAUCCUUACUAGUGGGACUCUCUCUCCUCUCUCAUCAUUUACAAUGGAAAUGCAGAUCCCUUUUCCUGUUCUCUUGGAGAAUCCUCAUGUUAUUGAUAAACGGCAGCUCUGGGUUGGAAUCAUUCCCAAAGGACCAGAUGGAGCUGUGCUCAAUUCUACUUAUGAGAGAAGGUUUUCAGAGGACUAUUUAUCUUCUCUGGGGAAAACCAUUGGUAAUCUUGUGCGAGUUGUACCUCAUGGACUGCUGGUAUUUUUCCCAUCAUAUCCUGUCAUGGAUAAAAGCCUGGAAUACUGGAGAGAGCAUGAUUUUGCUAAAAGGAUAGAAGAAGUGAAGCCAAUGUUUGUGGAACCCAGGAAUAAAGGAAGCUUUGCUGAGGUAAUAGAUGCAUACUAUGGUAAAAUUGCCUGUCCUAAGUCCAAUGGUGCUGCUUUUUUGGCAGUGUGUCGAGGGAAGGCCAGCGAAGGCUUGGACUUUGCAGACAUGAAUGGACGAGGAGUCAUCAUUACUGGCCUUCCAUUUCCUCCUCGUUGGGAGCCCAGAGUUGUUUUGAAGAUGCAGUUCCUGAAUGAGAUGAAGAAAAGUAGUAUGGGUGCUCAGUAUUUAUCUGGGCAUCAGUGGUACAAUCAGCAAGCUUCCCGAGCUGUUAACCAGGCUAUUGGCAGGGUCAUCAGGCAUCGCCAGGACUAUGGUGCUAUCUUCCUAUGUGAUGACAGAUUCACAACUGAUAAUGUCAGAGGCAAGCUGCCUUCGUGGGUCCGCCCUUACGUGAACGUUUAUGACAACUUUGGGCAUGCAGUCAGAAGUGUUUCAGUCUUCUUCCGUGUUGCUCAAGAAAUUAUGCCCCUGCCUGCUGCACAGUGCCCUUCUGGCUCUGCUGUUAGCCUGAGUGAAAAUGAUGGGGAACCUUCUACUUCAUCUGAGCAGAUCCUCUCCCUGCAGAAAGCCAAAAUUUUGGAUGACCACGUUCCCAGUCUGAAGAGGAAAAGGAUGGCAAUGCCAGUAAAUGGAGGUGGAGCAUCCAGGCUCUGCACAGAAUAUGAGCAAGAGAUGAUCUCACCUAGAAGACAAUGUGUUGGGCUUCUGGAUGCGUUGGAGCGCAGUGAGAAGAACAGCAAAGAGGUGGAGGAAGAUGAUGGUUUGCCAGGGGAGGAAAAGGCACAACGUCUGUCAACGCUUUCCCUUCAGUAUGAGAAGAGGUUAACAGAUGAGCAGAAAGGAGGAAGGAAGAAAAUAAAGCUGGUCAGCAAUCCACUGGCCAACAAGGCAGCAGACCCAACGGAGCCAAAGAAGGCCCGAGCGACCUUAUACAUUGCAACAGUGAAGAAGACCCUAAGCCAGCAAAACUACAAUCUCUUCUCUGAGGCUCUUCAGCGCUACAGGAGCACGGCUGACUUCAACACUAUGUUGGCUCAAAUGAGUUCCCUUUUUACAGAGGAUGAAGCAAAGCAUGUCUUGUUGCGAGAAUUUUACCAGUUUGUUCGACCUCACCAUAAGAAACAGUUUGAUGAAGCAUGUUGCAAUCUGACUGGGGUGGGCUGUGGAUACAAACCUGAGCACAGCCUCCUGCUGGAAGAGAGAGAAGGACUGGCAAAGAAAAUAGAAGAAAAAGAGAGUCGGCAGAAAACAACCUGCUCAGAGAACUCAUGCACUCAGCUGAAUGCUGGGCUCCACUUGAACCAGGGAGGAUUUCACUUGACAACAGGACAGACCAGUGCAGGGGACAACACCAGUCAAGCUGUGAGUAAAGACAUGAAAAAUGCCUCAGGCUCAAGGAGAGAUCAGCACCAGGUCCUCAGGGUGACCUACCUCAAUGAUGUGAAAAAGGCUUUGAAGGAAAGCGCCUACAGCCGCUUCCACGAGGCGCUGCUGGCUUACAAGAGGACGGAUGACUACGAUGCUAUGAUACCAGUGGUGGCAGCCCUCACCACGGAGAGGCCAGAAGACUUUCAUCUCCUGCAAAGGUUUGCCAUGUUUGUGCGGCCGCAUCACAAGGAGCAGUUCAGGCAGGUGUGUAAAGAUCUGACUGGAGCAGUUGGUGCUGAUGAACAGAAACAGCAGAUGCAGAAUGAAAAAGGUGCUGCAACUCUGGAGAGGUGGUUGACUAAAAGAGCAAACUGCCCUAAUGAAGAUGGAGAUGUUCCUAAGAGUGAGGUUCCAGAAAGAAAUGGGGGAGAGACUUCUUCCUCGUGCCUCAGCCAGAAAUGCAAACUUGAAUUACCAAAGGCUGAAGUAUCUAAAGAAAUGAGUCACGUGAGAGCACCCACAGCUCCUGGAGUUGUGCCCAGCUUACCACUGGAGUUGGAUCCAGAGUUUGGAAGAUACCAAUGUCCUAACUGCAAAUCUGAGGAUGAUGUACCCUUAAAAUGCCCACUGUGCAUCUUCACUUGCUGCAAAACAUGUUGGGAACGGUUCUUAAAGGUGUGCCAGAGCUGUAAGUGUGAGACAACUGCUCUGAAACUUGUUGCUACUUCACCAAGCAGCCUUUUUGCUUUCCUCUAUGCGUUGCUAGCAGUUAAAGCAGUGGUUGCAUGCUAACUCCACAUCUAAAAACAGCAGGCAAGAUGAAGAAGUGCCCAGAAUGCUGCUGUGACGUGAAGAAGAAGCGCUUGGUUCGAGCUUAUUUCUGGUAAUGGUCUCACUGCCAGAAAGGCAAGAAAGGCAAGUGCUCUGUGUCAGCAGAAAUCAGGCUGCUGUGCUCCGACCUGAGCUGACAGGAAGCAGGAGGAAGGUUCUUCUAAAGAUCUCUGGUCCUUGAUGCUGGUGAAAACAUGGCUGUGCACCAAAAGGUGUCAUUUUGUUGUGCGAAUCAAUUGAGUGUGAAGGGUCAGGUGUGCACUGCUGGCAGAAGACAAAGCAGCAUUGUCCUCUGUUGGGAUGAAGAUGGUGAAUUUAUUUACUGUGUCCUGUGGAUUUGAUAUUGACUUAGGGCCUAAUUGCAUAUCCUGGAAGAGGCUGUCAUCACCUGGCCCUUCAGGUAAUAUCCAUUCCUGGAAAAACCCUACAACAGUUACAUGUUGGAGUGGAGCUGGCUGUGUUACCAGGCCAGACACAGCCCUGCAGGCCCCUCAGUGUUCUUGGAGGAGCAGUUCAUGUUCUUGUGGUGUUCGGUAGCUGUUGUCUCCAAUAGCAGAAGAUACCAAAAGGAGGGCUUUCCUUCAAACAAAAUCAAGUGGUUGGACAGUGAGCAGAGAUGCUGCCCAGUGCCUGCUGUGCACCCCAGUGUCAUCCACAGAGCAGGGAUUUUUGGAAGUGUGCUUCUCAGGAGGCUUUGUAUUUUGCCCAGCACUGGCAUUCCUAUUGUCAGUGUUAUUUGAUGGUUGUCUUCCAAGAAGAAGGAUCUAAUUGAUUCCAAUCUUUAAAAUAAAUGAAGUGGAAUGGAUUAAUUAAAAAAAAAAAGCUGCUCAAUACUUCCACUGUCUGUAAGUAGUGGGAAUAAGGAGGUAACUUAAAUCAGUUCUAAGUCAUCAGUCGUGUCUCUUAACUGAACCAUAAAUAAAAACAUUUUUAUGUA